GUUGCGUGGUCCUCGCGAAUGUAUAAAAAGCCGCGGGCCAGAAGCCGCGGCACUUCAGUCUUUUCAAAAAUAAGGAUGGCUCUAGAACGUCAAGUGCGCGCUAAGAUUGCGGGGAAACGCAAUCCGGAGCAAGAGAGAGAGGCACAGGAAUGGAUCGAAUCGAUCCUUGGCAAGAAGUUCCCUCCAGGUGAGAUCUUCGAGGAUGUGCUCAAGGACGGCCAGGUUCUGUGCCACCUGAUGAACAAAAUCUCUCCCGGAUCGGUGCCGAAGAUCAAUACUUCCGGUGGACAGUUCAAGAUGAUGGAAAAUAUUAACAUGUUUCAAAAAGCCUUAAAGGAAUACGGAGUGGACGACGUCGACGUCUUUCAGACUGUGGACUUGUGGGAAAAGAAAGACAUUCCGCAAGUAGUAACGACACUGUUCGCACUCGGUCGAACGACGUACAAACAUCCGGAGUGGAAAGGACCUUACCUAGGACCUAAGCCAGCAGAGGAGUGCAAACGCGAAUUUACGGAGGAACAAUUGCGGGCCGGCGAGUCGAUGAUUGGUCUCCAAGCAGGUUCUAACAAGGGCGCGACUCAAUCCGGCCAGAGCAUCGGUGCCACUCGCAAAAUCCUCCUCGGAAAGUAAAUUGAGAAUUCUCUUAACGCAGCUGUUUCCACGUGCUCUCUCUUCCACUUUUUAGAGCUAAACAAAAAAAAUCAUCUUUUUUCUAUGUAUGUACAUAAAAGUAUAUAUAUAUAUAUAUAUAUGUUUGAUUUUACUUUUGUAAUUAAACGAUAAAUUGCGCUGUUAUCUACUUCAGUUUUUUUCUUAUAACGAUAGACGCCGAUAACAAUGUGUAACCAUCGCAUAUAAGGAAACUUUGAACUUUUAUAGAUAAUUAUAAUUAGAGAAUAUAUAUUCUUAUCGCUCGAGUCAACGACCAUACUUGUAGCGAUAAUAAUUGAUUUUUUACAAUUAUAUAAGCAAAAUAUAUACUCUGUCGUUUAUUAAAUCAAUUUGUUUCAUCUUUUCACGUCCAUCGGGAAAUUUCAGUCUCGCAAAAUGUACAACGUCACGGAUGUAUUAUUACCCUAUUAUUGCGUUUUGAAGCAAUAAAAUUGUCUUAUUUAACUUGUUGACGCGACAGGUGCGCCUUUCAAAACGCGCCAAAAAAUAUAAUUGUUAUCCAAAGAUUUCGAAUAAAAGUUCUAUCCAUCCAAA